AUGUCGGCCGUCAACGCAAGAAUACAAGGUAUAGAAGACACGCUCAAGAAGCUCCUAGGUGUCGUGGAUAAGUAUGGUUCACCCGGCAGGCACCGGUCCGCCAAAUCGCGCAAGCCAAGCCAACCGCCUUGGAAGACGAUCCGGUCCAUCAUUGAAAAGUUGGCGCAAGACGUUCAGAAUGUUAAAGAAAUGGUUGAAGGCUCCGGUAUUGAUACAAGGCACGACCGACGCACGGGAGCCAAUAACGAAAAAGCCACUCCGGAAGAUCCGUUACAGAUCUUAGAUCAAUCACCACAUGAGAGACAGCAAUUUGGCCAAAACUCUUCAGAUACCGCAGGAGACAUUCAGAACGACGCACCAAUUUCUGCAGAUUCCAGCACGAAUACAGACCGUCAGGCGAUACCAACGCCGCUGCUCAGCGGGUUGGACAUAGACGAGAAUCGCGCUCCAUCAACUCCUAUUCCUAAUCAAUCUUGCACCGCACCAACCACUGUACCGACGACAGUUCCUACUAGCGUCGAAAGCUCAGAAGUCGAAGAAAAUACUGCAGUGGUCGUGAGUAUGCCACACAGUUCGAGCCACCCUAUCAUGUCGACCAUUUCUCAGUCCGACACUUCGGCACAGAGCGUAUCUGAAAUUCCUCGAAACCCCAACAUCACCAUCUCUUAUCGAGUGGAGCAGGGCGUCGUCGUUCUAGUGCCCGGGAACAUGGAUCAGUGUCGCGAUAUGCCGUUUCUUUUCUCUCAGGCCGAGGCACUUGGUGCACGUGAAACAGGAGUGUUUAAGUACGUGCUCCCGAGCGACUUUAAAACGAAUGCCUACACCUUCCCUAAGAUUACAACGCGUAUAUCUAAGUUUGGGUCUCGCCUCAGGUCGGACGACAUUUUUCAUAUUUCACGGACCGAGGAUCUGGAGACGCUUGAGGUCAGCGAGACCAGCUUCACACCCAUAGAGGCAGACGAACUAUCGGAGAUGUUGGAGCGUCGUCUGGCCGAUCCUGAGGCGAUGAGCAAGAUGCGAUACUGUACCGAUCUUUCGGCGCAGACUGCCGAAGCUCGGCGACAAUUGGGCUUACCCGCAGAGUCCCCCAUCUGGCCUCUGAAAGGUAACAUGUUGGAUCGCACCAAGUACCGCGUCCCAGGACUCCACUGGCCGUAUGGAUACGUGUCUGGCGAUGACGGAUCACUAUUUGUCAUACACCGUGAGGACGGUAAGCUGCCGUCGCUGAACGUCCUACACUAUGGCAGAGAGAAACUCUGGUAUGUUGUGGCUCGGAAAGAUGGCUACCUCGUUGAAAACGAAGUGAAACGCGGGAAAUGCGAGCAGAAAGUACGACACGCUUCGGACUGGAUUCCACGGUUAAAGCUCAAAGCCAUGGGUGCUUCCUUCGCCACAUUUGUCCAACGUCCGCGGGAAGUAGUCGUGGUGUGGGGCGACAGCUACCAUCAAGGUGGUACCAUUGGCCACACCGUUGCCGAAGCCCUAAACUAUGGCGGCCCUGGUUGGAGCAUCGAAGGUUACUCUGAAUGCAGCCCCAAUUGCGAUGGAUUUCCUAUCCCAAAUGCGUUCUUAGAGUUCCGUGCCCCGAAUGAACCACAGCGCGAGCAAGGCGACGAAGUUUCACAGCCAGUUCACGGCUCGCUCCAGUCUCAAGGACGCGAGCUGCUAGGUAGAAACCGUGCGCCGACCCGGGACGGUAAAGCGACAGAGAACGAACUUAGGAUGAACAAGCAGGAGGCCAGACCCCGAAAGAGGCGCAGAGACGCGCCGAUCCAGCAGCACUCCCGCAAAAAGACCAGGUUUCAGACUAUACACAGUUUAGCCGAUACGGUAAUGACUAAAACUGAGAUCCGCAAAGAUCUAGUCUCACGGAUGGUGACGGCUAUUCGAAGUAGAGACGCAUUCCAGCAGUUCUGCGAUAUUAUCCACGGUCGUCGAGACCCCGAACCUACAGCGAUACGAAUAUAUCUCACCACAAAUGCGUCCAAAAGACAACUUCGGAUCCAAGAUCCGGCCCAAAUGCUCGAGAACGAUGUGAAGUCCCUCAGUAUGCUUUCACGCAAGACUACCUUUCAUGACUUCCUUACUCGGUUGUUCCAAGUCCGUCUUGCCGAUCAUAUUAACGAGAUUAGCCGAGGCCGUCUAAGGAGUGAGCCAGCUGUCAUUGCAAAAAUCCUUCAGCGCACGGGGAUGUCGAAGCGCCAGUACCUAUACCAUCGAGAUAGAGGGGCGAAGUGGCGGGAAUACUCUUCAUCCCCUUCGAAACUCAAAGAUUUGGCUUUUCUUCAUCGUCUUGGCUCAACCUCGACGAAGGAGAGUUUACCUCCUUACGUUCUCAUCUGA